GCCACAAUUACAGCAGCCGAAGAAGAAGAGGAGCGAGGAAGACUCAGGACAGGACAGGACAGUCCAGUCCAGUCCAGUCCAGUCGGACACACGUCCUUACGGAGAGGCAGGUGGACAGGUAACCACCGUCCCCGCGACCUACUCAGUUUUAGCAGCAAACUAGCAAGAGCAUGGGACGGAAAGUGACUGUUGCCACUGGCUCGCUGUGUCAGUGGGCUUUGGACUUUGAAGGCAAUUUGGAAAGAAUACUGAAGAGUAUUGAGAUUGCCAAGGCUCAUGGCGCCAAAUACAGACUGGGCCCAGAGCUGGAGAUAUGCGGGUAUGGCUGUGCAGACCACUUCUAUGAAUCGGACACGUUGCUCCACAGCUUUCAGGUCCUGAGGACGCUUCUGGAAUCUCCCAUCACCCAGGACAUCAUCUGCGACGUGGGAAUGCCCAUCAUGCAUCAUAAUGUGCGCUACAACUGUCGGGUCCUGUUCCUCAACAGAAAGAUACUGCUGAUCAGACCUAAAAUGCUGAUGGCCAACUAUGGGAACUACAGAGAGAUGCGCUGGUUCUCACCUUGGAACCAGUUACGGCAAGUGGAGGAGUAUUUCCUGCCCAGAAUGAUCCAGGAGGUAACAGGGCAGGAUACAGUCCCAUUUGGUGACUGCGUGCUAUCCACUAAGGACACCUGCAUUGGCACUGAGAUAUGUGCAGAGCUCUGGAACCCCAGAAGCCCCCAUAUUCAGAUGGGUCUGGAUGGGGUUGAAAUCUUUACUAAUUCGUCUGCUAGCCACCACGAGCUCCGCAAAGCUGACCAAAGAGUCAACCUGAUCAAGUCAGCCACCACCAAGAGUGGAGGUAUCUACCUGUAUGCCAACCAGAGGGGCUGUGAUGGAGACCGUAUCUACUACGAUGGUUGUGCCAUGGUGGCCAUCAACGGAGACAUUGUGGCACAGGGAGCACAGUUCUCCCUUAAUGAUGUGGAGGUGAUUACAGUCACUCUUGACCUUGAGGAUGUGCGUAGCUACAGAGGAGAAAUAUGCCAGCCAAACAUGGAAAGUGAACCCAAACCUUGCUACAGGGUCAAAGUUGACUUCUCUUUAUCCAGUGGUGAUGAUAUCUACCUCCCUACCCACCAACCAAUAACAUGGCACUUUCAUACUCCAGAGGAAGAGAUCAGUCUAGGGCCGGCCUGCUGGCUGUGGGACUACCUGAGGAGAAGUGGACAGGCUGGUUUUCUGUUGCCUCUGAGCGGGGGCGUCGACAGCUCCUCCACCGCCUGUAUUGUCCACUCUAUGUGUGUGCUGCUCUGCCAGGCGAUAGAGGACGGCAACAGCCAGGUACUGGAGGAUGUUCGCAGAGUGGUAGGGGAAGACUCCUACCGUCCUCAGCACCCAAGGGAACUGUGUGGUCGCAUCCUCACCACCUGCUACAUGGCCAGCGAAAACUCCUCAGGGGACACAUGCAGCAGGGCCAAAGACCUGGCCAAUCAGAUCGGCAGCACACACAUGAAUAUUAACAUAGACAUGGCAGUGAAAGGCAUUCUGGGUAUCUUCUCAGUGGUUACUGGAAGAAGGCCUCAGUUUCGCGCCAGUGGUGGAAGCCACAGGGAAAACCUGGCUCUGCAGAAUGUACAGGCCCGGGUCAGGAUGGUCCUGGCCUACCUGUUUGCCCAGCUGAGUCUGUGGGCCCGGGGGAAGCCAGGUGGAUUGCUGGUGUUGGGCUCAGCCAACGUAGAUGAGAGUCUGACAGGGUAUUUCACAAAGUAUGACUGCUCCAGUGCUGACAUCAACCCAAUAGGAGGGAUCAGCAAGACAGACCUAAAGAGCUUCCUGCUUUACUGUGUUGAGCAGUUCCAGCUCACCAGUCUGAGAGGCAUCCUGGCCGCUCCACCCACAGCUGAACUGGAGCCGCUGACAGACGGACAGGUGUCGCAAACAGAUGAGGCAGACAUGGGGAUGACUUACUCUGAGUUGUCGGUGAUUGGACGACUGAGGAAGAUCUCUAAGUGUGGCCCCUUCAGUAUGUUCUGUAAACUCAUUCACAUGUGGAAGGAUGCGCUCUCACCCACGGAGGUGGCCCAGAAGGUGAAGCACUUCUUCCGGAUGUACUCAGUGAAUCGCCACAAGAUGACCACGGUGACGCCGUCCUACCACGCAGAGAGCUACAGUCCUGAUGACAACCGCUUUGACCUCCGACCUUUCCUCUAUAACACACGCUGGACCUGGCAGUUCAGGUGCAUCGACAGCCAGUUAGAAUCAAUGCACAAGGUGGCCCUGAUGGCAGCAAACACCCCAAAGCAAUAAGAACCUGAGGUCUUCAGUGUCCAGUGAAAAUCCAUCAGAUCUGUGAUAGAUCAAAAAGAUCAAAUAUUUUGUCCAGCUUUCAGUAAAGCCAAAUACUUUGUACUGUGCUUGCAAGCAGGGGAAAGAAUCAUUUUAUGGGACUAUUUAGAACCUUUGUUCUACUUCCGCCCUUGUCACAUUUGUGACAGCUGACUACAUGCCAUCAUUCCCAAAAGUUACUACGAAGCAUGGGAUCAUUUUAAGUCUUUUCCCCAUGAGAAAUGCAGUAAUGCAGUCAUUUGUGACAAAUAUGCAACAUUUUUAAUCACUGUGUAAGAAAUAACAGCUGUUCCUACGAUGGCGUAUUAGGGCCAUUGUAGGUGGAAAAAAUAAAAUUACGGAGCUGGGGGAGGGGGGUAAUAUUCUGAGAAAAAAUCUUGAAUAUUCUCUGAGAUUAUAAAGUCAUAAAUUUGCGAGACAUAGGUUUGUUAGCGAAUUGAACACAGACGCUGGGCUCAAGCGAACUUUUUGGGCUCAACCCUCCACGUCCAACUAGCGCAUUGCAACUUGUAUCCCCCUUGGCCGUGCUGGGAGGGGACGGUGAUUUCACUACCCCACCCCUCCCCUAAUGUUGAACAUGGGCCCCCCUUCUUCAUUAAAUUCCUACCACAACAAUUCACUUUACCCUUGGACCUAGCUGGUUCCCGGCUGUGUAUGUUAUAGCGGUACAUACUGUAUAUAGCCGGGCUUAAUCUUGCACACCAAUCUGAACCUUGUGAUGAAUACCAACUGGAAUAAAUCUGUUGUGUAGCUCUUUUUGGAAGCCUAACCUUGAUUUUUCUAAUGUGACUAAAGCCACUGCUGGGGUUUUCAAAGUCGAUGCCUUAUUUAUCCUGUGUGUGACGGUGAUGUUUUUUUAGAUGUUUUUACCUGUAUACCUGUAAGAAAAACUGCUUCAAACGAUACAAUCUUUAAUUUGCUUCAGUAUAAUCACAGGAUUGUAUUUCAAAUAAAUAUUGCUGAUAUAUAA